CAUCGUCUUCCCCCCGGUCUUCUGGUCAUCUGCCAUGUUGUUUGGCACGAUCACCCUCACGGUGCUCAGCACCCUGCUCAGCUCGGCGCAGUCCGUCGCUGCCCUCGGCUCGACCUGCACUACUGCCCUCGGUGGUGGCACCGCCGGUGCGAGCGACCCGUUCUGGCUGCAGAACAUGAAGCACCAGGGCACGUCUGCGUUCAACGCGGACCCGAGCUCAUACGCUGUCUACCGCAACGUCCAGGACUACGGUGCCAAGGGUGACGGGUCUACCGAUGAUACCGCUGCUAUCAUGAGCGCCAUGACUGACGGCGGACGCUGCGGAGACGUGAGCUGCGCGUCGUCGACCCUUACGCCGGCCAUCCUCUACUUCCCCUCUGGAACCUACGUCGUCUCGUCCGCGCUCAGCCAGUACUACUACACCCAGAUGGUCGGUGACGCGCGCAACCCGCCGACGCUCAAGGCCAGCGCGGGCUUCAGCGGCUUCGCCGUCAUCGACUCCGACCCAUACAUUCCCGCCGGCAGUGGUGCCCAGUGGUUUGUUAACCAGGACAACUUCUUCCGGUCUAUUCGCAACUUCGUCAUCGACACCACCGCCAUGCCCGCUUCGGCGGCGGCCAUCGGUAUUCACUGGCAGGUCUCGCAGGCGACGUCGCUCUUCAACGUCGUCUUCAACCUCAACUCGGGCUCCGGCACGCAACACAAGGGCAUGUUCAUGGAGAACGGCAGUGGCGGUUGGAUGGGCGACAUCGUCGUCAACGGCGGUAACAUCGGUCUCAACGUCGGAAACCAGCAGUUCACCGUCCGCAAUGUUACCAUUAACAACGCUGUCACUGCUAUCUCGGGUAUCUGGAACUGGGGCUUCACUUACCAGGGCCUCACCAUCAGCAACUGCCAAGUCGGUCUCGAUCUUGCCACUGGUGGUCUCACGCAGGCGGCCCAGACCGUCGGCUCUGUCCUCGUCGUUGAUGCCGUUGUGACCAACACCCCCAUCUUCAUCCAGGACUCGACUGCGGCAAACGGCGGUCUCAGUGCCGGCUCGCUCGUCCUGAGCAACGUCCAGCUCAACAACGUCCCCACCGCCGUCACGGUCACCGGAGGCACCACCGUCCUCGCCGGCGGCAGCACCACCAUCGAUUCGUGGGCGCAGGGCUUCACCUACAGCGGCACGAGCGGCACCCCGACGUUCACCCAGGGCACCAUCACCGGCCCGUCCAAGGACGCGAGCCUGCUCGACAGCGCCGGCCGCAUCUUCGGCAAGACGCACCCCCAGUACGAGAGCUACGCCGUCGACCAGUUCGUGAGCGUCAAGACGAGCGGCGCCAAGGGCGACGGCUCGACGGACGACACUGCCGCGCUCCAGGCUGUCUUUGACCAGUACGCCGGGUGCAAGAUCAUCUUCUUCGACGCGGGCACGUAUUAUAUCACCGACACGCUCACGAUUCCCGCGGGCACGCAGAUCGUCGGCGAGGCGUGGUCGACCAUCAUGGCUGGCGGCUCGGCGUUCUCGGAUAUCACUAACCCCAAGGUCGCGGUGCAGAUCGGCAGCGCGGGCGACACCGGUGUUUUGGAGAUCACGGAUAUGUUGUUCUCGACCAAGGGCCCUGCGCCCGGUGCGAUCAUGGUUGAGUGGAACGUGCAUGAUCCCUCUGGCCAGCAGGGUGCUGCGGGUAUGUGGGACACCCACAUGCGCUUCGGUGGUGCAACCGGCACGAACCUCGCGAACCCCCAGUGCCCCCAGGCAUCGCGCAACGCCGCCUGCCAGGCCUCCUACCUCGGCCUGCACCUCACCUCCGGCUCGUCCGCCUACAUCGAGGGCACCUGGGUCUGGACGGCCGACCACGACCUCGACACGACCAACUCGGCCAACGUCACCGUCUUCUCCGGGCGCGGCAUCCUCUCCGAGUCGCAGGGCCCCGUGUGGCUGAUCGGCACGUCCUCGGAGCACGCCGCACUGUACCAGUACAACCUCGUGGGCGCGAAGAACCACUGGAUCGGCUUCGCGCAGACGGAGACGCCGUACUACCAGCCGCAGCCCGCGGCGCCCGCGCCGUUCUCCGUGAACAGCGCUCUGAGCGAUCCGACGACGUUUGGCGGCUCGUCGAACAUGGCGUGGGGCAUGAACAUCCAGGGCUCGAGCGGCAUCACCAUCUUCGGCGGGGGCUUCUACAGCUUCUUCAACAACUACGACGGCACGUGCAACACCGCGCGCAGCUGCCAGGACCAGGUGCUCAACAUCGACUCCACCUCGUCCGUCAACGUGUACGGCCUCUCCACGCUCGGCACGCCCAACCAGCUGAGCGUCGGCGGGACGGGCGUCAUCGCCGCGAACCACAACGGCGACGGCUUCCAGGACACCGCCACCGCCUGGACCUCUUAAGCGCUCUCGCAGCAGAGGCUAGACUCAGAGGGCGCUUAGUAGGCCCGACUAUAAAUAUUCGUUUGCAAUCUGGGUUUUAUUUAUCUGCAUUGGUAUCGGCACACCUCUGGAGGUGCAUAUAGGGCUACACACGGUGCUUUGCUCAUGUUGUAUUUGUAAACACUGGAACCAAAAUUACAAUUGACGCAUCAUGGAGAACAAA